GGCCUGCUUCUAGCAUUGAAUUGUUCGGAUCACAUAUUCUAUUUCUCUUCGACUCCAGACUCUCGUUCUCUCGUCACUCCUUUCUCUAUUCAAAGUCUGCGACUUUUCACAUUCAUUAUAUUCCAUCGGUUGAUCCGAUUAUUCCAAACAUAGAUUUAACGCUCUUUAAAAUUGUGACCAGCAAAAAACUCAUUCUGUAUCUCAAGAAUGAAGCCAACUCUCAUUUCCGGCUUUCUGGCCGUCCUUGCACAUCCUGCAUCCGCCUUCUUUCGCAUGCCAUGCCCCGGACGUUUAGUGGAUGAGCGUGCCGAUCCAAUCGUUAACCCUGGAGAAGUAUCCGGGCAUGUCCAUUCUAUUGUUGGUGGAAGUGGAUUCGGAUUCAAUAUGACUUAUGAAGACGCUCGGUCUUCUUCUUGCUCUUCAUGCCCUAUCAAGGCGGAUUUAUCGAACUAUUGGGUUCCUCAUUUAUACUACCGCGCUCAGAAUGGCACGUUUAUCAACGUUCCUGUGUCUGGUGACGGUUCGGGGAGCAUGGGUGGGAUUACGGUCUACUAUUUACAACGCCCUGGUGCAAACAAGGACCAGCUGCACGCCUUCCCAGAGGGCUUCCGAAUGCUAGCCGGCAACCCAUUCAAACGCAACUACACCGGUGACUUUGCUGCCCAAGCCAUCAGUUACGCAUGUUUGAACUACAAUGGCCCAGCGACGGCCGAAACCAAUGGGUUUCCCGACUACAAUUGUCCAGACGGACUCCGUGCCCAAGUCUUCUUCCCGUCGUGCUGGGAUGGUAAGAACCUUGAUUCAGCAGACCACAAGUCCCAUGUCGCCUAUCCUGAAUCUGGAGCAUACAACGACGGUGUUUGCCCGGAAAGCCACCCUGUUCAUCUGGUUUCUAUCUUUUACGAAAUUAUCUUUCAGACCAAUCUUUUUUCGGGUAUGUGGUGGGAUAACAAGCAGCCUUUUGUCUGGGCUAUGGGCGAUCCUACUGGAUACGGGUUCCAUGGUGAUUUCGUCAAUGGCUGGGACAUUAACGUGCUCCAAUACGCAGUCGACAACUGCAACAACGAUAGCGGCCAAAUCUCCGACUGUCUCGCAGCCGACGGGUCUCAGCACUUCGACCUAUUCACCAACACCGAGUCCUCGAUGUGCACUCUCCCAGCUUUCGUGGACGAAACGGUCAAGGGUGUGCUGGGCUCUCUGCCUGGUUGCAACGACGUAACCUGGGGGCCUGAACCAGCUACCGUGCAGACCUGUGACGACAAAGCCAGCAUUACCGACUCCGCUCUCGCAAACUACUACACCGAUCUAACCACCUCUCUGAAGUGGGAGUACGUUGGCUGCGGUUUCGACAACCUCGGUUCUCGUACCUUCAACGCGGCUACUACGAGUUCCAACAACAUGACCGUCGAGACCUGCGUUCAGUACUGCUCUGAUGCGGGAUAUUCAUAUGCCGGGUUGGAAUACGCCACUCAAUGCUACUGCGGAAACUCCCUCCCAUCCGACCGCGCCCCUGUCCCCGGAGUAGUCGGGAACUGCCUUGAUCCCUGCAGCGGCAAUGAGAAGCAAAUGUGUGGUGGACCAGCCACGUUGUCGGUUUAUCACAACUGUGCAAAUGGCGGUGAAUGCAAGAAUGCGAAUAUUGGGUCUAUCGAAGGUGCGGCGGGGGCUUCGAAUCCUCCUCCUCCUCCUUCUUCUUCUUCUACUUCUUCCUCUUCCUCUACUUCUUCUACUUCUUCUCCUUCUUCUCCUUCUCCUCCUUCUCCUCCUUCUACUUCUUCUCCUUCUACUUCUUCCGCCCCAAGUCAAAAGAGCAAAUGCAAGAUUGAGUAGAUGUAAACAAGUUCAUUUACUUGUUUUUAGUAGGUGGAGGUUUGGAAGGUACUAGUGUAUUGAUAUAGAUAUCACUUGGAUCUGAUAGGUUGAGCAAUAAAAU